AUGAUCUAUACUGACCGCAACAUCCACAAUACGGCAUGCAAUCACAGUAUUCAUAACAGCCCUUCCCAGGAGGAAAAUGCUCACCACAUGCCCGGCAAAUUGGAUCGCAUUUGUGAGUGGCAGCUACCAUCUUUCCACAUUAGGAGGGAUGCAAACAUGCGAGUGGGGAAGGGGGAGGAGGAAGAGGAGGAGGAGGAGGAGGAGGAGGAGGAGGAGGAGGAGGAGGAGGAGGAGGAGGAGGAGGAGGAGGAGGAGGAGUGA